UAGUUUUUGUUCUGUUAUGAUACUAUUCUUAUAUAAAGUGACUGAAGUAAGUUAAAAAGAUUGAGAAAUUAUAAAUAGCAUGGCCAAGCAAAGUAAUGAAAUCAAUUGAAAGAGGAGCCAACGCCUGGCUGCUACAUCAAAGCUCGGUAUGUUGUUACGAUUAUGGCAGCUCUGGGUUCAGUUAAUCUUUAUUUGUUGAGGAACUCAUUAAAUAUUGCCCUUAUCUCGAUGGUUGGGGUUAGUAAUUCGUCUAUAAGCGAAAAGAACCAAAACAACACGGCGAGUUUACUAACUACUGCCGUUGUAUGCCCCCGUAACCAAGCAAACUAUACAACUGAAGAACAAGAUUCACAAUAUCAAGAAGGCGAGUUUGAUUGGUCAUUGGCAAAACAAGGACUACUGCUUUCGUGUUAUUGGUACAGCUACACCCUUUCCAAUAUUCCAGGCGCUUGGCUUGCGCAGCAAUUUGGAAUUCGAAUCACACUUGGUGUCACAUCUUUACUUUCUGCAAUAUUAACCUUCUUCGUACCACCAGCAGCUCGUCUAAGCUUCGGUUUGUUGGUAGCAUUGAGAAUAACAAUGGGUUUACUCCAGGGAGUCACUCUGCCAACAAUCAUGCAGUCAAUUGGGACUUGGUCUCCCCCGUGUGAAAAUACUCGUCAUAUUGCCUUGAGCUUUACUGGAGUAGCAUCUGGGAACGUAGUGGCGUUUACUUUUGCCGGUUUCAUCAUCUCGUAUUUUGGAUGGGAGUGCACGUUUUAUGCGGCAGGCGGUGUCGGAUGCUUGUGGUCGAUUGCUUGGUUUCUGUUAAUUCACGACACGCCCCUGAAACAUCCGAGAAUCUCAAAACAAGAAUCAAGUUACAUAACGAAAAGCCUUUCGGAUGCAGCAUCUGUAGAAACAAAGACAGCCAGUUUUAAAACUGUACCAUGGCGUAAGAUAUUGACUUCUAAGCCAUACUGGUCGACUGUUGUGCCUCAUUUAGCUGAAAAUUGGGCAUCUGCCAUCACACAUAGUUGGGUGCCGCAAUAUAUUGCCAAUGUGUUGGGCUUCAGCAUCGAAAAUGUUGGGAUUUUAUCUUCAUUACCAUACGGACUAAACAUGUUUAGUCUACUAGCGAGUGGUUUUCUCUCCGACUUUAUCUUAAUAAAGACAAAAAUACGAAAGACUUUACUACGAAAGGUGUUUACAAGUAUUGGAAUGGGAGGUACAGUCUUGUCGUUUCUAGUUUUGCCUUCAUUUGGUUGCAACCAUACUCUUGCCAUCGUACUGUUGUGUACGUCAUACAUGUUCGUGGGAUGCAAUUAUGCCGGGUACCGCGUUGCGCUUGUUGAUAUGGCAGCUUCGUAUUCAGGAAUCUUGUAUUCCAUAUCAAACGCUAUGACUUGUGUAGUGACUUUGUUUGCGACACAGCUAGUGGGAGUUAUGCUUGGAGAUGGAUCGCUCCCGUACUGGAGAACUGUGUUUUAUGUGACUUCUGCAGUAUCUGCAUUCGGUCUAUUAGUAUUCCUUUGGUUCGGGACAUGUGAAUUGCAGCCAUGGGCAAAAUUGAAAGAAAAAAAAGUGGAGAGUGACCAAGAGCUCGCCUUUCUUGAAAAGACAGAGGAUAUUUAAAACAAUACACGUUGUAACACAAAAAAUGUUACUUUUUUAAUAAUGUUAAUUCAAUAUAUAGUAAGG